AUGAAGAAGCUAAUAACAUUUACUAUACUUGGGCUCCUUCUAACUGCUUCUACAGUUACCUCGAAGGCUAUUUCUCUCACUGAUGCUGCCCCAGUUCAUGCUAAAGAUAGUCUAAAGUCUGCGGGCCAAACGGUCACGAGACCACUCACCAAAUCAGUUGCUUAUGGAGGAGAUGGAGGAACCCAGUUUGAUGAUAUAGCAGAGUUAGGCUCUACUAACAUUUACGGUGUACACUCAAUAAACAUCAGCUCUGGUGACCUUGUAGAUUCAAUUGAAGUCUUUUAUCUCCUCAAAAACAAAACGAUCAGAGGAGCCAGACACGGGAAAUCUUCCAAUCCUCCAGUUAACAUUGUACUAGAUCCACGAGAAGAAAUCGUAAAGAUUGAAGGUAGAAUUUAUAAUAGUCAGCUAGUAGGUCAAUUGACUAUUACUACAAUUGGACCGAGCUAUGUGAAAAAGACAUACGGGCCUUUUGGAAAAAUAGGAUCACUCUUCUUUGAACUUGAAGGACAGAUAAUAGGAUUUCAAGGACGCUCUGGCGACAGUUUGGAUCAAAUUGGAGUGUACAGUUUGGAGAAAAUGACCAAAAGCGAUCUAUAUGGCAGCACCAGUGCAUCUCCUUUUGAUGACAUAUCAGAUUUGGGCUACCCACCAAUCGUGUCACUAAAAAGCAUCAAUGUAUGGAGUAGGCCUGAAAUGAUACUAGCUAUACAAGCAGAGUAUCUCUUACUAGACGGUAGCACUCUUAAAGGAGGCAGGCAUGGAUUCUUGUAUACUGAUAACAUAACUACAAUUGCACUUGAAGCUGGAGAUCAGGUUAUAUCAAUGGAUGGGAUGAUUGCAACAAGCCAAUUAAAUCAGAACAAGUUUAUUGCAAAACUUUCAUUUACUGUAGCUAAAAGAAAUGGAGACAUAAUCAAGUAUGGACCUUUUGGAAAAUGGGGCAUCGAGGCUUUCAAUGUGCGUGGAAAUAUCAUUGGAAUAUAUGGAGAAUCAGGAUCAAAUAUAUACAAGAUUGGUGCAUACUAUGUAUCAGAACAACUUAGCUGA